CACACAGGAGAGAAGCCUUUCUUCUGCCCUGACUGUGGAACUAGUUUCUCUCAACUUUCCUACUUAAAAUCACAUGAACGUAUACAUACAGGGGAGAAGGCAUACUCCUGCUCUGACUGUGGAAAAUGUUUUAAAACAGCAAUUGAGCUAAAACUUCACCAGAGAACACACACAGGAGAGAAGCCUUACUUCUGCUCUGACUGUGGAACUAGUUUCUCUCAACUUUCCCACUUAAAAAUACACCAACGUAUACACACAGGAGAGAAGCCUUACUCCUGCUCUGACUGUGGAAAAUGUUAUAAAACAGCAAAUGAGCUAAAAGUUCAUCAGAGAACACACACAGGAGAGAAGCCUUACUCCUGCUCUGACUGUGGAAAAUGCUUCAAAACAGCAAAUGACCUAAAAGUUCAUCAGAGAACACACACAGGAGAGAAGCCUUUCUUCUGCCCUGACUGUGGAACUAGUUUCUCUCAACUUUCCAACUUAAAAUCACAUGAACGUAUACAUACAGGGGAGAAGGCAUACUCCUGCUCUGACUGUGGAAAAUGUUUUAAAACAGCAACUGAGCUAAAACUUCACCAGAGAACACACACAGGAGAGAAGCCUUACUUCUGCUCUGACUGUGGAACUAGUUUCUCUCAACUUUCCCACUUAAAAAGACAUGAACGUAUACACACAGGAGAGAAGCCUUACUUCUGCUCUGACUGUGUAAAAUGCUUCAAAACAUUAACUCAGCUAAAAGGUCAUAAGAGAACACACACAGGGGAGAAAAAAAGUUAAUCAGAGAACACAGGCAUGAGAGACUUUUGGGUGAGUCUGCUCUGACUUUUUGGUGAGUUUCUCUCACCAUAGCAACUUAACACACCAAUGUAUAGACUAUAGACGUCUAGCCAAAGGCUGCGUGUUUGAAUCUCAUCAAGGAGGACUUUAGCAAUUUAGCUAAUUAGCAACUUUGCAACUUCUUACUAAUUUUUAGCUAUGUUAG